GUGCUGUGCAGUACAUGCAAGCAGUGUUUUAGGGCCACGUUGAAUCAUAUCUCUGUCGCCGAUCAAAGCUUGCAGGUUGUGCACACCGAACGCGGGCCGGACCGAUCUGACUAGUAUUUCUUAAUUCAAUGUCAGGCAACGACACAAAACUUACAGACCUGGUUGGAUCUCAAGUCACCGUCAUCACGAAUGACGGCAAGCACUACGUGGGAGUGCUGCGCGGGUACGACCAGACCUGGAACCUGCUGUUGCAAGAGUGCCAAGAACGGGUGUAUUCCGCAAAGUCUGGUGUACAAGUCAUCCAGAACCCCGGGAUAUACUGCAUCCGAGGAGACAACGUCGCGAUAGUGGGCGAGGUGGAUGAGGAGGCGGACGGCGCAGUGGACCUCUCAGCCAUCCGGGCGGCGCCGCUGGUGCCCAUCCGCCACUGAGCGCCAUCCCGGCUGGGUCGGGCGGGUGGGCGGCCCGCGGGCUCAUGGUCCAGCGGGCGCCGCGCGCGAGGGUGGGCCGGGCUGGGCCGGCGAGGGGCAGGAGCAGGAGCGGGAUGACUCAGGAGUUUUAGGGCAGGAGGCAUAUGGGAAAGCCGAGCGGAGCAUGAGACGACGUGAGGACGACAGGAGCUUUGGAGGAAGGGAGCAGCCGUGUGUGGCUGCCAGCGCCCGGUGGCGGCACGGCAGCCGUGUCAGCCGUGUCAGCCGUGUCAGCCGGAGCCGGCGGCAGUAGCAGCGGCAUUUCGACACGGCAGACGCAGGCGCGGGGGCAGGGGCAGCGGGGGCCCUUCACAGGACGGCCGUCGUGCGGGCUGGAUUGGCGGGCGGUGGAGUAACAUGUGGCACCAGCCCUGCCCGCGUCCUGGGUCGGCACCCGACAGCUGUCAGCCAGGCUGUCAACCGCGGCCGUCCUGCCGCAGCCGCAACAGCUGCCGCCGGAUGCAGCCGCACAGCCCCCUGCAGCCAGCUGCGUUGAGUUGGGCUGGGUUGGACACGGCGCUGCACGCGGUCAGGCCGGGGGCCGUUCGCCUCACACCGCCACACCUGGUGCCGUCAGUGGGUGAACAUGCCUCAUUGGAGACAGCAGCCCAGGUGGCUCCAGGCAGCGGACAUGCGGAGGCCUUGGUGGCGCCCUGCGCAGGCAGGCACACGAACGGGCAGGACGGCGGGCGGCCGAGCGAGCAGGCGGACGGGGGCGCUGUGGCUGUGGCUCGACACCCUGCCUACCCACGCCCCGCUGCGGAGCUGCCGGCAGGCGGUGGCGUGGGUUGGGCCACAGGGGGGGGCUGGGGGUGCGCCGCCGCGUGGGACCCGGAGCGCACCGCCGGCGCGGGCGUGGCGUGCGGUGCUUUCCACACUUGGCAUUUGGUCAGUGCCGUACAUUGGCGGCUCGUGGAGGACUAGGGCCUGGAAAGUGCACAACGGGGUUACUGGUGGCGUUGGCUUUGAUGGUGAAAGUCUGUCGGCUUCCUCGCCCCUUCUUGCAACGGAUCGAGGAAGCCGUCGUGGGGCAUGCGGUGCCGCUGCACACAGGGCGAAGGGCACAGACACGGGCGGACUGCCUGAUUGCAGUUUUGGGAGCGAUGAGCUGCCUGGGUCCUUUGGGCUGACUGGCUGCAUUGGGGUAGGUGGUCGGUCUUUCCGGACUGAUGUACAGGAGUGCGGGUGCAGGGUGUGGGGCUGUGGGCCGCUCGCCGGAGGUGCAGAGCUUGUGUGUGGGGGGUUUCGGGAUGUGCGGGACGGCGAGCUGAGGCCUGUACGACGCAGAGACUCCCUCUCCCCCAGGUGUUGCGCGCGUGUGUAAAACAUCUGAAGCCCGCCGGACGGCCCGCGUGUGUGUGGCUGCUGCAUGGUAAGGUUGGGGGCGGCGGAUGGAGGAUCAGUCAGGAUCAGUAUGGUGUCCUCCGUGGAUGUGUAAAAGGUGCCGGUA